AUGUCUGUUGAGGAUAGGAGAGCUCUGAACAUCCUACAAGAGAGCACCAAGCUGGUUGAUGGCCGAUUUGAAGUCGGGAUGCUGUGGCGAGAGAAAGACUUGUGGCUCCCCAAUAAUAGGAGCACCGCUGAAGCCAGGCUGAACUCCCUAAGGCGCAAGUUGGGAAAGGACCCCGAGUUGAGUAAGAAGUACGCAGAGUUCAUGGCUGGGCUGAUAGAGAAAGGCUAUGCAAGAAAACUUACCGUAGAAGAAACACAGACUACCACUGACAAGACUUGGUAUUUGCCGCAUCACUCGGUUGUGAAUCCAAGAAAACCUGGAAAGGUGAGAGUGGUCUUCGAUGCAGCCGCAUCCCAUCGCAACGUCGCCCUCAAUGACCAGCUAAUGCAGGGACCGGAUUUGAUCAGUAGCCUAUUGGGAAUCUUGAUACGGUUCAGAGAGAGACCGGUGGGUCUCGUCGGAGACAUUGAGGCAAUGUUUCUCCAGGUGGCUGUGCCGGAGGAAGACACCGAUUCGUUACGCUUCUUAUGGUGGCAUGACGGUAAUGUGAAUGGCCCGGUGGAAGAGUAUAAGAUGCAGAGACACAUCUUCGGUGCCCGAGACUUUACCGGCAUGCUGCAAUUUUGCGUUGAAGGAGACAGCAAAAUCAUGCACUGGCUUUAG